CGUGAGCAUAUCUCUUUCUCUUUCACGUUGUUUGGCUGCUUCCGUCGCCAUUAUCGUCUUCCAAACAAUCGUUCCAGAGAUCAUUAGCUGCUCCCCUCCAUCAUCCAAACCAAAGGCUACUAAAAUCGCAUCAUCACGCUUCGUCAAGGCCAAACAUAAGGAUCUGACAUUGGAUGAGAAGUUUUGUUGCAACCUUCGCAAGUUUAAAUGAAUCGGUGGUACUUCUAUAUUCAAGAUAAUGCCAAGUAUUGUGGUGAUGAUGAUCAGAAAAAGCAUGCUAUGCUCCCGAUGAAGUUGAAAAUCAACAAUAUCAAUGUCAAACGAGUUACUCUUUGCUGGUUGUAGUCAAAAGAUGCAUUAGAUGCAAAUGAAAUAAAUGUGGUUGUUCAAUAUAUCAAUCAACUUUAAUGAGGAAAAGGUACAAAUGACAAAAGUCUUUUAAAAUCAACCCACAUGCUAGUUUGUCUUUUUAUGGAUUUUUGUCGUUACAUGUCUUUAGAAAAUGCAUGCCAAGGCUACUACUAUAGGAUAAAAAACACUAAACAAAUGUUAGAUAUACAUGUGCAUAGUAUGAAAUUCUACUAUAUUUUUUCUUUCAAGAAUUGCUUUCCCUUUACUUUUGCAUCUCCUCCUCCUUUUCUUGCCUUUUAGCAUGUUUUAGUAUGGAGACUUUGUAGCUCAGACUAAUAUUACUGAAGUUCUUCAGUGAAAGAUCAUUCUCGUUUAUGAUCAUAUUUGUUGAAGAAUCGUUGUGUAGACUGCUCUGUUAUUGUUGUUGAUAUUCUUUAAAUUUGCCCUUGCAUAGCUAAAUGGUAGUUAUUAUGAUAAUUAUGUUUCAAGUGUAUAAAAAUUGGUACCCAUUGUAAGAGUUCUCUUAAAAAUAUAUAGAGAUGCACAAAAAUCAAAAUAAAAUAUAACACUUGAAAUCAAAUCUCCAUUGAGUUGCUCUUAAUAGUGAUAAAUAUUGAGAGAUUUGAAGUGGUGGCUCAAAAGGUACUACUGUGGAUGCUUUAAUAUCAUAUGAUCAUUUCGUCAUUAACUCGAUAAAACUAAAAGCAAUACGUGCAUCAUAUCCAAAAUCCCUCCCGCCAUGACCACACCUUCUAUCCAUUCAUCACUGCCUCCUUCCAUUGCUUUACAUUCCUUCACCCUAAAACACUUCUUCUCAUUCCCGCAUAACCGCACGAUCCGUCAAAACCUAGGGUUUUGCUUCCUCCAAUCACUUCGCACAAAUUCACCUCCAUUGAUACUCUCGUACAAGUCCAGAGACUCAGUCUUCUCCGCUGAGCCCCAACUCUCCGACGACGAAGACUUCGAUGACGACGAAGAUGAUGACGUGGCUGCAGAGGAAUACGAAUACGAGGACAUUGAUGGAGAAAUUUCUGACGGAAUCGAGCAGAAUGAGGAUGAAAUUUCGGUGGCUGCGGAAGAAUCACCUGCAACGGCGACUCGGUACGAGCCAUUCAAGUGGCAGAGAGUGGAAAGGAUUCGUAAUGAGUUCAGAGAGUUCGGUGAAGGGAUCAUUGAUGUGGACGAGCUUGCUUCCGUUUAUGAUUUUCGCGUCGACAAAUUCCAGCGUUUGGCUAUAAAAGCCUUUUUAGGAGGCUCUUCAGUGGUGGUUUCUGCGCCAACUAGCAGUGGAAAGACUUUGAUAGCCGAAGCGGCUGCCAUUGCGACAGUGGCUAGGGGAAGGAGAUUAUUUUACACAACUCCGCUUAAGGCAUUAUCGAAUCAAAAGUUUCGAGAGUUUCGUGAGACAUUUAGGGAUGAGAAUGUGGGUCUUCUCACUGGAGAUUCUGCUGUUAACAAAGAUGCUCAGGUUUUAAUAAUGACUACGGAGAUUUUGCGCAACAUGUUGUAUCAGAGUGUUGGCAUGGUUUCUUCCGGGAGCAGACUUUUCGAUGUUGAUGUGAUUGUUCUGGAUGAAGUUCAUUAUCUAAGCGAUAUAUCUAGGGGUACAGUAUGGGAGGAGAUAGUUAUUUAUUGCCCAAAAGAGGUUCAACUUAUAUGUUUGUCGGCAACCGUCGCAAAUUCAGAUGAGCUUGCUGGUUGGAUUGGCCAGAUUCAUGGUAAAACAGAAUUGGUGACUUCUUCAAGACGUCCUGUUCCCUUGACUUGGCACUUCUCAACAAGGACUGCUUUGCUACCUCUUCUUAAUGAGAAAGGAACGCACAUGAAUAGGAAGCUGUCGCUCAACUACUUACAACUUUCUGCUUCGGGAGUUAGAACACACAACGAUCAUGGCUCUAGAAGAAGGAAACUGAAAAAACAUGGAACUGAAGUGAGCCAUAUUAGUAUGGCCGGUGUGCCUGGACAACCUCUCUCAAAGAAUGAUAUAAACUCAAUCCGUCGUUCUAAGGUUCCUCAAGUUAUUGAUACACUAUGUCAUCUUAGAGAAAGAGAUAUGCUACCAGCAAUUUGGUUUAUCUUUAACAGGAGGGGAUGUGAUGCGUCUGUCCAGUAUGUGGAAGAUUGCAGGCUCUUAGAUGAUUGUGAGAUGAGUGAAGUCGAAUUGGCAUUAAAGAGGUUUCGUGUUCAGUAUCCUGAUGCUGUUAGGGAAACUGCUGUAAAAGGACUCCUUAGAGGGGUGGCUGCACAUCAUGCUGGCUGCUUGCCUCUGUGGAAAUCAUUUAUUGAAGAGCUCUUUCAACGAGGACUUGUCAAGGUCGUCUUUGCUACAGAAACGCUUGCUGCGGGAAUCAACAUGCCUGCUAGGACAGCUGUUAUUUCAUCUCUUACCAAAAGGACUAAUAAUGGGCGCAUUACUCUUAGCCCCAACGAGCUGCUUCAAAUGGCUGGACGUGCUGGUCGUAGAGGCAUUGAUGAAAGGGGUCACGUGGUCCUGGUUCAAACUCCAUAUGAAGGCGCUGAAGAGUCUUGUAAGGUUUUAUUUGCUGGAGUUGAACCUCUUGUAUCUCAGUUUACUGCCUCCUAUGGAAUGGUGCUAAAUCUUCUUGGAGGUGCCAAAGUUACUCGCAGCUCAAAUGAAUCAGAAGCUUUACGAGCUGGGCGAACUUUGGAAGAGGCUAGAAAAUUAAUCGAGCAGAGUUUUGGGAACUAUGUUGGCAGCAAUGUAAUGCUCGCUGCAAAAGAAGAGCUUACAAAAAUACUGGAGGAGAUAGAAUUUCUGAGUUCAGAUAUUAGUGAUGACGCCAUAGACAGAAAGAGCCGACAACUUUUGUCAGAGGUUGCAUAUAAUGAAAUGGUAAAUUUGCAGGAAGAACUAAGGAGAGAGAAACGCCGUAGGACUGAACUGCGGAGGUCAAUGGAAUUAGUGAAAAUCACUGCUUUGGGACUUCUAUUAAAGGAACUAAAAAAUGGACACCUUCCUUUUCUGUGCUUGCAGUACAAAGAUUCUGAAGGAGUUGAGGAUUUAGUCCCAGUGGUUUAUUUGGGUGACGUUGACUCACUUGAUGGUUCUAAACUUAAAAACAUGGUUUCUGCCAAUGAUUCCUUUGCACUAAAUAUAGCAGGAGCUGGGGCAGUUGCUGGUGAAUUUGAGAUCAGUGAAGAUAUUGAGGCAUGCUAUCAUGUGGCUCUUGGUUCAGAUAACUCGUGGUAUUUGUUUGCACAAAAGUGGAUUAAAUCUGUUUACAGGACAGGCUUACCUGAUACUGCUUUAGCUCAAGGGGAUGCAUCACCUCGGGAAAUGAUGAGAAUGCUUCUUGAUAAUGGGGACAUGCAAUGGGAAAAGCUUGCCGAUUCAGAAUUUGGUGGUUUGUGGUGCAUGGAAGGAUCUCUAGAGACAUGGUCUUGGAGUUUAAAUGUACCAGUGUUAAAUAGUCUUUCUGAUACAGAUGAGGUUUUACAUAUGUCAGAAGCACAUCAUGAUGCUGUAGAACGUCACAAGGAGCAAAGAAGUAAAGUUUCUCGCUUAAAGAAAAGGAUAUCGCGCACGGAAGGAUUUAAAGAAUAUAAGAAGAUUGUAGACAUGAAAAGAUUCACCGAGGAAAAGAUUAAACACCUGAAGAUUAGAUCAAAUCGUUUGAAAAAUAGGAUAGAGCAAAUUGAACCCUCUGGUUGGAAAGAAUUUUUGCAGAUAAGCAACGUCAUACUUGAAGCUAGGGCAUUGGACAUCAAUACACAAGUAAUAUUUCCUCUUGGUGAAACUGCAGGUGCAAUUCGAGGAGAAAAUGAACUAUGGCUUGCGAUGGUUCUUCGAAGCAAAAUCUUGCUUGAUCUCAAACCUGCACAACUUGCUGCUGUCUGUGCGAGUAUAGUUUCCGAAGGGAUCAAGGUUCGUCCUUCAAAAAACAAUAGCUACAUUUAUGAACCUUCCACCACAGUAACAAAUGUUGUUAGCUUCUUGGAUGAGCAAAGAAGUUCCUUUAUACAACUUCAAGAUAAACAUGGUGUGGAGAUACCUUGUUGCCUCGAUAGCCAGUUUUCAGGUAUGGUUGAAGCCUGGGCAUCAGGGCUAACUUGGAAGGAAAUGAUGAUGGAUUGUGCAAUGGAUGAGGGAGAUCUAGCUCGCCUCUUACGCCGAACAAUUGAUCUAUUGGCUCAGAUUCCAAAGUUGCCUGAUAUAGACCCAGUAUUGCAAAGAAAUGCAAUGGCUGCAUCCAAUGUUAUGGAUCGUCCACCGAUAAGUGAGCUGGCUGGAUGAAAGCUCAAUGGUGCCAUAUGUGAUGUAUACUUGUUUCCUGCAGGGCUAAAGCCUUGUAAUAUUUGAACUACUUAUCCAUUUAUUUAAUAUACAUUGUAGAGAUUGACUACGUAGAUUCCCACUUAGGGGUUGUCUUCAAACUAAAUUCACAGUUUUAUUCGACAAAUUCAUUAAACCAGCAAAAAGCAUUUGCAGGUCAGCGUUGCUUAUGCACCAUAAGUACUGCAGUAAGCUGUACCCAUUGGUUAUUCUUUAAUGCUAGGAUUUUUAGUGACCCUUUGUAUGGACAUGGCAUUCGCAAUUGCAUAAGAUGUGUCUUAUCUAUUAAGUACUCCAUUUUCUACUUUA